AUGCCUUCGCUCCUGACCGUGAACAACAACGUCUCGCUGCUCACCGUCAACAUCGCCCCGAGCACCUUCCUGGCAUCGCUGACCCUCUCGCUGGUCUUCCUGUCGCUCUACCUGCCCCGCACGCCCGCCCUGCCCAGCUUCCCCGUGUUCUGGAAGCGCAAGACUGCUGCGGCCACUGUCGCGACUGCGGAGAUCGACCCGCGAGUUAUCGAACUACCCGAGGAGGAGGACGACGACGACGACGAACACGACGACAACCGGCUCCUGUACCGCCGUCCGCUGCCAGCCCUCCCGGCGGCGAAACCACACAAGAAGAAGAAGAAGAGAGAAAGCCGCCUGGCCGCCAUCUUAGCCGCCGGUAGUCGCAGUAGCAGUCCCACAACCACAACCACCACCACCCAGCUGACAGCAGAGGAGGAGGAGGAGGAAAAAGAAAACCGACGGGAUGGCAGCAGCCGCCUCGGACGCCUCGCCGCCCGGCUUCGCGCCCUCAACAACAAGCCCCUCCCGGCCCCGGCCCCCCUUCCUCUACCCGCCGACCCACUCGGGCUUCCUGACGGGCGACGACGACACAGACGGGAGCAUGAUGAUGAUGGACGACGACGACGACGACCAUCCGCAUCAUCACCACUACUACGCGGCGGGGGACGAGGCGGCCUCGGACUCGGCUGCUCCGGCUUCUGGCGCAAGACGGAUAACAUCCUCGGCGGUGGCCGCCGUGGGUCGCGCGAGUCCAGCCCCGGCGACACCGAUGACGAGGUCGACGACAUACUGGCGCGGGCCGCGCGGACGCGCCUGCCGACGGGGAGCGUGAGCCCGGAGAAGGAGAGGAGCCCCGAGCCGCCCGAGGCCGCCGCCGCCGCCGAGGAGGAGGCCACGGUGAAAGUGGAGCCCGGGGUCAAGAGGGAAGGGCAAGGGGACGGGGAUGAUGUCAAGGUUCCUGUUCUGGCGAGGGAUGCCGUGCCCGAGAACUACAUCCGCUUCGCCGUCCGCGCAGAAGUCCUCCAGCGAACCGAGCCCGUCGAGGCGGCCGUCAACUUUGUCCGGCGCCGGGUCCGCGCCAUGACCAGGUCCUGGGCGCACCUCUUCUGCUCCGUCCUCGUCGGCGUCCUGUCCCUCUCGGCCCUGCGCUCGCUCUUCUCGCCCGCGGCGCCCCGGCCCGUGCCGGACCUCGUCAAAGUCGCCGGCAUCGCGCGCUCCUUCGAGCCCCUCAUCUACUACUCGGAGAGCGGCGUGCAGCAGGUCGGCGACCUGCAGGCCACGGGCGUCGCCGUCUGGGACCUCGGCGAGAGCGUGCGCUCGAGCAACAUGACCUCGGCGCCCAUCAUCGUGCGCGAGCUCGACGCCCUCAGCGACAGCCUCAAGGCGCUCGCCGUCGAGCUGACGCGCUUCUUCGCCAACGUCGACGGCGACGUCGACAGCAUCCUCAUCGUCAUGGACUGGGCCCGCCGCGAGCUCGCCCAGGCCGCCCGCGGCCCCGCCUCCCCGGCGCCCCUGGCCGCCGCCUACGACAACAUCCACAACCUGCUCUCCGCCGCGGGCGUCCUCGAGGACGCCGCGACGGGCCGCCCCACGCGCCUCGGCGCCCUGGCGGCCUCGCUCUUCGGGCCCUCGAGCCCGCAGCGCGCGCGCGCGGCCCUGCAGCGCACGUUCGCCGAGUUCCUCGCCGUGCUCGAGGACGCCAUCGCGUCCGAGCUGCAGCACAGCCUCGCCCUCUUCGCCCUCUUCGAGGCCAUCGACCGCCAGUUCCUCAACCUCGCCCGCGCCGUCGCCCGCGAGGUCUCGGCCCAGGACGAGCGCCACGCCGACCUGCUCUCGGGCCUCUGGACGCGCAUCCUCGGCCCCCGCGCCGCGGACCUGCGCAAGUACGAGCGCAACCGGGACCUGCUGCGCGACGUGCGGGAGCGCACGGUGCGCGAUAAAGGGUUAUUGGUCGAGCACAACCACCGCCUGCUCGCGCUCAAGGCCAGCCUCGAGAGCCUGCGCCGCAAGCUCGUGAGCCCGCUCGUGCGCGGCGCCGCGGCCGGCGGCAACGGCAGCGGCGGCGGCGGCGGCGGCGGCGGCACGCUGCUCGGCGUCGAGGAGCAGAUCCGCGGGCUCGAGGACGUCGGCGUCUACCUCGAGGGCGUGCGCACGCGGCAGAAGAGCAGGCUCAUGGAGGUGCUGUACGGCGCCGACAAGAGGAGGGGGAUCGAGAAUGUCGCUGCUGCGGGGUCUGCGGGAUCAUCAUAA